AUGACAAGUGCUACUUUGAAUAUGUUGGCUGCUGAUAAACUUAAUGGCAAUAAUUAUGCAUCUUGGAAAAAUACUAUCAACAUUGUGCUAAUCAUCGAUGACCUUAGACUUGUCCUAGUUGAGGAGUGUCCUCAAGUCCCAGCUGCUAAUGCAACUCAAACAUUUCGAGAAGCACAUGAGCGAUGGGUCAAGGCAAAUAAAAAAGCUCGAGCAUACAUCUUAGCAAGCUUAUCUGAAGUACUGGCUAAGAAACAUGAAUCAAUGCUUACUGCUCAUGAGAUCAUGGACUCCUUGCAGGAGAUGUUUGGUCAGGCCUCUUAUCAAAUCAAGCAUGAUGCUCUAAAAUACAUUUAUAAUGCUUGUAUGAACAAGGGAGUUUCAGUGCAAGAACAUGUUCUCAAUAUGAUGGUUCAUUUCAAUGUGGCAAAAAUGAAUGGGGUUGUCAUCAAUGAAGCCAAUCAGGUUAGCUUUAUUUUGGAAUCUCUGCUAGAGAGUUUCCUACAAUUUAGAAGCAAUGUUGCUAUGAAUAAGAUUGUUUAUAUUCUUACUACCCUUCUCGAUGAGCUAUAG